UACUCAAACUCGCGUGAAGUGCACUAAAUAAAAAGAAAUAUAAAAUAUUAUUAAAUAUUAAGUUUCUAAAUGAAGAGCUUAUGGCUUACUGCGAAUUCGUUACGCCUAUGGUAUCACUGUUUCAUUAGAAAACGAUUGCCAAACGUGCAUAUUAAAGCUGUAAGGGCUGUUGCUGGUGAAUCCAUUCUGUGUUGGCCAAGUAUGACAUUGCCUAAAGGGUUGCGCCACGUGCAAACUCAGCACGGUGACGACACGGUGGAUGUACAAAACAUUUUUCUAUUCCGGUCGGACAUCAACAACAUAAAUGCCGCCGCUUCAAUUGCCGACGGCGUCGGUGUCUCAACUGAGGCUCCGAGUGUUGCUGCUAAUGCGAAUGCUAAGGACAAAAUUGAAGAAUCGCAGUCCGUGUGGACUUAUGGAGUGAAUGAAGAAUCCGCCAGUGAAUCAACAACGGUUGCUGAACAAUCUUCCGAGCAAUUGGCAGAAAAGCGAAAGGCUCCCGAAGAAGACAUACCUCUUGAAGCGAAGAAACCGAAAUUGGAAACAAAAGAUCUUAAACUAACAAGGCCAGGUUUCAGUGAAGAAAGAUAUGAGGAGACUUCAUAUUAUAUAGAAAAUGGUUUGCGAAAGGUUUACCCUUAUUUUUUCACAUUCACAACAUUUACAAAGGGUCGCUGGAUUGGCGAGAAAAUUUUGGAUGUCUUUUCUCGGGAAUUCCGAGCGCAUCCUCCCGAGGAAUAUCAAAGGAGCAUUGAGGCUGGAACAUUACAAGUGAACAACGAAAAGGUACCCAUAGACUACAAGCUAAAGCACAACGAUCUUCUCGCCAAUACGGUUCACAGACACGAAGUUCCUGUUACCUCACAGCAGAUUCAGAUUGUGUACAUGGACGAGGACAUUUUGGUUGUCAACAAACCAGCCUCAAUUCCGGUUCAUCCAUGUGGUCGCUAUAGACACAAUACGAUGAUUUUUAUACUUGCCAAAGAGUUCAAUCUAAAGAAUUUGCGGACGAUACACCGAUUAGAUCGCUUGACGUCUGGGCUCUUGCUUUUCGGCCGGACUUCAGAGAAAGCAAGGCAAAUGGAGCAACAGAUUCGGAACAGACAAGUUCAAAAAGAAUAUGUUUGUUGUGUUGAGGGUCAUUUUCCUGAUGGAAUUAUUGAGUGCAGUGAACCAAUUGAAGUCGUAAGUUAUAAAAUUGGAGUGUGCAAGGUGUCCCCGAAGGGUAAAGAUUGUAAAACAACCUUUCAAAAGAUAUCUCAAAUCGGUGAUUAUAGCAUUGUUCAAUGCAAACCUUUAACUGGACGAAUGCAUCAAAUCAGAGUUCACUUACAAUAUCUAGGCUACCCAAUUGUGAACGAUCCGUUAUACAACCAUGAGGUGUUCGGUCCCUUGAAGGGACGUGGAGGUGAUAUUGGUGGAAAAACUGCAGAUCAAUUAAUAAACGAUUUAAUUACUAUACACAACGCUGAAAAUUGGUUGGGCACAGAUGAUGCUCCAACUACUCCACUUAAAAAGGUGGAUGACACAGUUUCAGCAAAUAUUAGUGUUGGUGCAUUGCCAACUGAGGACAAUGUAAUUCACCAGUCAAAGGUUACUGUAUCUGCUCAAACUGGCUAUGAGGCACCUGAUUGUACUUUUGACGCUGCCAAAGUAACAACAGAUCCCCAUUGUUUGGAAUGCAAGAUGAACUAUAGAGAUCCAAAUACAUCGGAUCUAGUGAUGUAUUUGCAUGCAUGGAAAUACAAAGGUAUUGGCUGGGAGUAUACCACAGAACUUCCGAGCUGGGCUACCAUGGACGAAAAUAAUUUGCUAUUGAACUUGAGGAACAAAAAUUGCUAAAUGCACAUAGACAUAUAUAUAUAUAUAUAUAUAUAUAUAUAU